AUAUCUGCCAUUUAACGUUAAUCUUGAGAAAAUCGGGACAGCUGUUAAAUCAUUGUUUAAAAGGUCAUUGAGGUUUAAAUCCCCUGUGAUCUGAUCGGCUUACAGUCUAGCUGUUGAGUUUUCAGUUAUCUGCUUCACUUCCAGUAGCUUUAGCCAGAACCAGACAGUAGAUGUUGUUGGAAAAUGCCUGAUUUAAAUAGCCAGCCUCAUUCUUUUUUAUCCGCAUUAACUGCAUUCGCAUUCCUUGUAUCUUCGUCAUGUCUUCUGUACAAACCAGUGAUCAUCACAAGAAUGGGGAACUUCACAUCCUCUGCUCCUGGGUUGUCAAGCUCGGCGUGUACUCAGUUUGUUCAGGAGGUUGUCUCGAAGAACUGUGUUGUGAUAUUCUCCAAGACCACAUGUCCUUACUGUAAGAUGGCUAAGAAUGUAUUUAAUGAGAUUGGGGCUUCAUAUAAAGUCAUUGAACUGGAUGAGCACAACGAUGGUCGACACCUUCAGGAGACUUUGGCGCAAAUGACAGGUGCCAGAACAGUGCCAAGGGUCUUUGUUAAUGGGCGGUGCAUUGGAGGGGGAUCAGAUACAAAACAGCUUCACCAGCAAGGGAGACUUCUGCCACUCAUUGAACAGUGCUGUGAAGGCUCUGGAAAUAGCCAACCUCUGUCAACUCUGUAAUUAGGUUUUUGGCAUGGUUAUACACAAGUUUUGUUGAAAUGUACUGUAUUGCUGCUAUGGUACAAAUAGCAUCUGCCUAAGUGUUCUGGUUAACUGACAUAAUUGAGUAUGUAUAUAUUAUUGUUUUUUCAUGUUAUAAAUGUCCCACACUAGUCAGCUAAAAUACACUCCUGCUGUUUGUUCUGCUGUAAAAACUAAACUUCAAAUGUGCUUCAAAAGAUACGUUUGGUAGCCUACUGUAUUUUAGCUGAUUUGGACAUUUUUUUAACAGGAGCUACAUAGUUCUACCUCACCACUCUUUUGUGUACAGAAAUAUUUUAAUUAAAGUCUUUUAAAAAAACU